UGCAUUCAACCGCGAAACUGUGCGCGCGCGCCGUCGUACCGUUAUCAUUAGUGAUAAGAUCGUUACAUCAUUGUGAUAAGGACCUGUUAAGUUUAAUAUGUGACUGUGGAUUAUGGGAAUGGCAAGGAGAUUGAAAAUUACUGUGGUCGGUGAUGGUAUGGUGGGCAAGACAUGCCUGCUAUAUGUGUAUACAAGGAAUGAGUUCCCCACGGAGUAUGUACCUACAGUAUUUGACAAUUACGUGGGUCACAUAAUAGUUGACGGCGAAGAAGUGGAGAUGGCACUUUGGGACACAGCCGGACAAGAGGAUUACGAACGACUUAGACCUUUAUCCUAUAAUAGUACGAAUUGUUUCUUGGUGUGUUACUCUGUGGGAAGUCGAUCUUCAUAUGAAAAUGUUAUUCACAAAUGGUACCCCGAAUUGAAGCAUUUUAGUUCAUCAGUACCUAUUGUACUAGUAGCGACCAAAACGGAUUUGCGCAAUACAGGAAAAGCUGUGAUCACGACACAAGAGGGAAAACAGUUGAAAAGAAAAAUACGAGCUGCCCAGCUGGUGGAGUGUUCGGCUUUAGAAAGAGUAAAUAUGCACGAAGUAUUUGAAGAGGCGGUGAGAGCAGCGAUCAAGAAAAAGCCAGUAACUAAACGAACUUGUCAAUUUCUUUAAGAAAAUUACAAUUCUGAUAUAUAUAGCUAUCCGAUUUGAAUACUAAUAGUAACUGCGCCGGUACUCUGUAAACUUCAAUGACGAUAGUGAUACCCACCCCGAUUUAUUUACAUGGAAUUGCAGUGUUCUCUCAAAAUUCAUCUGCGCAAUGGAAUUGCACGGUACAAUAACUCAACAUAAGGGUCGCAAUCGCCAUUGAGAGUUAUAGAGUACUGGCGCUGUUUCAUGAUAACAUUGAAUUAUUGUAAAUUUUAUAAUGCAAAAAGAUUUCAUUUUGUAUCAGUUAUACAUUGGUUUUCAUAGUACCCGAAAAGCUCUAACAUUCCGAUUUAGAUUCGUAAUACUUACCCAAAGAUUCGCCAAAAGGAGUCUUGUAAAUAUACUAUGAAGAUAAAUUUUCACACCGCUAUGUUUAGUUUUCCUUUAAAAAAUUCAAUAGAGGCAUAAUUCUUAUAAAUGUCCUCAAAAUUGUAAUCCUACAAUACCCCUACCAUAAAUAAUAUAUAAAAGUUAACCGAGGCUACUACAGAAAGUUUACUGAUGUACAUACAUAUUUCUGUAAUAAACUAUAUAAUUUACUAUUAACGUUGUGUCCAGGAUAGUAAAACAUAUCGUUUUGUUUCAGGAAUAGUUAUAAUUUAACUUUAAUUAUAUUAUGUAGUUGUUUUCUUUUAUAUGUUCCACGAUCCCGUGGGAAAUAUA